UUUACCCCACCCCCCAUGGUCGUCCUCUCGUGGCCAUGGUCCGUCAGUCCCUCUCCUACUCACGACCCACAACCCCCUGCGCUCGACCACUUUGACAAACCGGGUGUUGUACCCCCUUCCGCUCGCGUAGAGCCGAGUCUUCAGCUUGCUGAACGGACGCCUGUUCGCCUGUGGCAUCUUUGGAAGUAUGGGCUCGUGGUCGCAGCCAAGUCAGUUGAGAUGGUCGGUGCAGUCAUUGCCCACAACAUCUACGGUCCUCGCAGACCCUCUUGGGGUAUCGAGAUGACGCUUAUAACGUCGUUCAUGCGCAAUGCCGGCCAGCACAGCGCCCUAGUCGAUAUUGCCACUAUUCGGAUGGCAAUGGGUCUUAGUGGCUUGAUUCCACUGCCCUCCGAUGCGCUAGUGACUCCAGUAACCUUCCGUGUCAGGCGGCGGGGUCUCCGUGGCAUUCUGGCCGACCUUGACGCAGCAGAAACCGGGUCAAGGGAGCUUUCUGGAGAAUGGGUUGUUGGCAGACGGACAUGGCAGCGGUUACAGGCUGAAUGGAAAGCUGCCCAGCAACAACGCCGAACUGCCGAGCCAAAAACAGAACGUGUUGUGCUCUAUAUUCAUGGUGGCGCGUAUUACCUCUCCAGUGCUGCUGGCCAGCGCCUCAUCUCAAUACCCUUGUCCAAGUACACCGAUGCUCGCGUGUUCGCACUCGACUACCGACUUGCUCCUGAAACACGCUUCCCCGGACCGCUCCAUGAUGCAGUCAGUGCGUAUAUGAGACUCAUUGAGGAUCUUCACAUUCCUCCGGAAAACAUCAUCAUUUGUGGGGAUAGCGCCGGUGGGGGGUUGUCCCUUGCUUUACUGCUCUACCUGCGAGACAACAAAUACCCUCUCCCCUCUUCUGCAAUCCUCAUGUCGCCUUGGGUUGAUCUGACUAUGAGCUGUGAUUCAUGGUCUAGCAACGCUGACUACGACGUUGUCCCAAUUCCAGUCGAAACUAAUCACAUGCAUCCAAUCGCAUUGUACCUGGGCGACCAGAUCGAGCAAUAUCUGACUCAUCCAUACGCCAGUCCCCUCUUUGGCGAUUUCACGGGUCUGCCGCCAUUAUUAAUCCAGGUCGGCGAUGCGGAGGUAUUGAGGGACGAGAUCGCGCUCCUGGCACACAAGGCAACUCUUCAUGGGGUCGAAGUCCGUCAUGAGCUCUACCAGGACUGCAUCCACAUAUUCCAGAUAUAUCCGUUCCUUGACGCGUCUCAUCGCGCGUUUUUGUCUAUCCGCCACUUCGUCCGAACAUUGCUACCCCAACUCAGGUCUGCCAAAGCCCUUUGUUAUCAAACCGAGGAAGGACUCGAGUUGGAAAUUGACACCGAAGACGCGACCGUUGUUCGUGGCGAUGGUGUCGAAUCGGAAACCGUCAAGGAAGAUCUUGACGAACUCUUUGAACGCACGGAGAGCGAACCAGAAGAGGCUAAUACGGCUGCCCCUUCUUCCAAGUACUAUCCCAGUUGGGGGUCACUUGCCUCGCCGCCAACCACAGACGACGAUUCGGAAGAAGAGUUGUCAUUUACAUCACGGUCACGCACCGUUCCCUCCACCCCCACCUCUACUAUUCGCCGCAUCCGCUCUGCUGUCUCUAUUAUCAUGCCCAGCAGCAGUACAACGCGACCCACACUCCCUCGACAUAGAUCCAGCCAUCAUCGUUCAAGUUCCCAUACUCACCUCCCCGCACUUACCGCGUUUGCACCCAUGUCUCCGCCCCCUUCACCUCGCAUAAGGCGUAACUCGAUUGCGAGCCAUCCAGACAUAACAAAGUUGGUGGAGAGUUGGACGAGUGCUGGCCCUGCCAACGAGACGUUGAUGUUCCGGCCCAACACGCAUGAGUCGCGUCCGCCAUAG